AUGGCAUCAGUACCAUUACGCCGUGUGCGACCGGCGACCAUUGCGGCUACCUUCGCAGCUGGGGGCAUUGGCCUGGCGGCGUACUCGAGGCUGUUUGUGAACAGCGCGUCUGCCGAGUCUGGAGCGCCGCCAAAGGUGUUUGGGGCGGGGCCUGCGUUUGUGUCGCUUGCGUUGGAGAGCUCGGAGGAUGUGAACCACAAUACCAAGCGAUUGCGGUUCAAGUUACCACAGAGGGAGGCAGUCAGCGGUCUUUCAUUGACGUCUGCUGUCCUGACCAUGUCAUGGCCUGAGGGCAGGUGGCUCCCCGUCGCGAGGCCUUACACGCCCGUGCAACCCCUCGAUGACGCCGGCUAUCUCGAGCUGAUGGUAAAGAAGUACCCAGACGGCAAGCAAAGCACACACAUCCACUCCCUCACACCAGGCCAAAAGCUCCUCUUCGCCCUCGCCAUCAAAGGCCAUCAAUGGAAGCCCAACAGCUACAGCCACAUCACCCUCAUCGCCGGCGGUGCAGGCAUCACACCAAUCUACCAGCUCGCGCAGGGCAUCCUCCGCAACCCCGAAGACAAGACCGCCAUUACGCUCGUCUUUGGCGUCAACUCGGACCAGGACGUGCUCUUAAAGCAGGAGUUCGAGCAAUUUGAGAAGGAGUUCCCCGGCAGGUUCAAGGCCGUGUACACGGUUAGCCACCCCGUGGCGAAUUCGCCGUACCGGAAGGGAUAUGUGACGAAGCAGUUGUUGGAGGAGGUCGGGGUCGCGCCGAAGAAGGAGGAGGAUACAAAGGUGUUUGUGUGCGGUCCGCCGGCGAUGGAGGCGGCUCUUGUGGGGAAGAGGAGUGCGCCGGGGGUGUUGCAGCAGUUGGGGUAUCGGAAGGAUCAAAUUCAUCAGUUCUAG